GGAAUUGACAAUUUGAAAUUGAAACUAUGACAAAAGAAGGUCAUUUCAAAUCACUGAACCGAAAGUUCAUCAUUUGCGCUUAGAAAAUUAAAAGAAAUAAGGUUGAAUAGUCGUCUGUAAAGCAAAUAUAAAACCGAAACUGGAUGUAAAAAGGCGACAACUUCGGUCUGCGAGACCUUCAACGACGUUGUGGUACCUUCACCUGAUUCAAUUCAAGACACCAUGAAUAAUAAGGAAAGCCAAGCGAGAGUAUCAAUAGAUGAAGAAGACAAACAGGCCCAGCAGUAUGCCAUGCAACUGGUUAGCGCAUCGGUGAUGCCCAUGGUAUUGAAAGCAGCUAUUCAACUUGGUGUGUUUGAGAUUAUACAGAGGAACGGUCCUGGUGCGCUGCUCUCAGCUUCCCAGAUUGCAUCCCAGCUUCCGACUCAAAUUAAUCCUGAUGCCCCUUUGAUCCUUGAUCGCAUCCUCCGGCUUCUAGCUAGCUACUCCAUCCUCACUUUCUCUCUUGUCACUGACCACCAGGAUGGCCAGGUUGUUAGGCUCUAUGGUUUGGCACCAGUUGCCAAAUACUUCAACAGGAGCCAAGGUGGAGGAUCUUUGUCUUCUUUGUUAGACUUGUUUCAGGACAGAGUCUCUUUAGAUCUCUGGUACCACUUGAAAGAUGCUGUCGUAGAGGGGUGGUGUCCAUUUAAGGAACAUGGGAUAAGUUCCCUUGAAUAUAUGGGGAAGGAUGCGAGGUUUGGAGAAAUCUUCAGGGGCUCUAUGAUAGAUUUCAACGGUAUGUUUGUGGAAGAGAUGCUGAAAACAUACAAGGGCUUUGAAGGCUUGAAUUCCUUGGUUGAUGUAGGCGGUGGCAAUGGGUCUAUCCUCCACAGCAUUGUUUCCAAGUACCCUGCCAUUAAGGCUAUUAAUUUUGAUUUGCCACAGAUUAUUGAAAAUUCACCCUCCUAUCCUGGCAUUGAGCAUGUGGCAGGAGAUAUGUUCGACGGAGUACCAAAAGGAGACGCCAUUUUCAUGAAGUGGAUAAUCCAUUGUCUGGACGACAAGAAAUGCCUGGAGUUACUUAAGAACUGCUAUGAAGCGUUACCGGCCAAUGGGAAAGUGAUAAUAGUGGAAUUGGUGAUCCCUGAAAGUCCUGAUAGUAGCCACGUAGUUAAAAGCGUAUAUCAGUUUGAAUCGUUCAUGAUGAACUUAAACGGAAACCAAAAGGAAAGGACAGAAACAGCAUUCGAGAGCUUGGCGAAAGGAGCAGGCUUUUCACGUGUUCAAGUGGCUUGCUGCGUCUGCAGUUUUUCAGUGGUGGAGUUGUAUAAAAGCACGUGAGAUUUAUUUGGAAAAAUAUUGUUAAUUGUGCUUUGUUACUAACUAGCGAACAUGAUAAAACACUGGAGUGAGACUUACAAUAAAAUGUUCACCAUACUUCCAUUCUCAUCUUGUACUAUUGAAUAUCAUACAUAUAUAAGCCCUAUUUUCAUGGAAAUUUACUAGUA